AAUGGGCACCCAAAAAUGGGGACCCAAAAAUGGGGACCCAAAAAUGGGGACCCCAAAACGGGGACCCCGACAGCCUCCGCCGGCCACCAGGCCCACGUGGAGCUGGCCGAGAGGAUGCGGCGCCGGGACCCCGGCAGUGCCCCCAGCCUGGGCGACCGCGUCCCCUACGUCAUCGUCACCGGCGCCAAGGGGGUGGCCGCCUACAUGAAGUCCGAGGACCCCAUCUACGCCCUGGAGAACAACCUGCCCAUCGACACCCAGUACUACCUGGAGCAGCAGCUCGCCAAGCCCCUGCUGCGCAUCUUCGAGCUCCUGGGCGAGGGCCGCGCCGAGAGCGUCCUGCUGCGGGGGGAGCACACGCGCUGCAAGACGGUGCUGACGGCCAAGGUCGGGGGGCUCAUGGCCUUCGCCACCAAGCGCAGCACCUGCGUCGGCUGCCGGGCCCUGCUGCCCCGCCACGGAGCCGUCUGUGACUUCUGCCGGCAGCGCGAGUCGGAGCUCUACCAGAAGGAGAUCUCGCACCUGGCGGCGCUGGAGGAGCGCUUCGCGCGGCUCUGGACCCAGUGCCAGCGGUGCCAGGGCUCCCUGCACGAGGACGUGCUGUGCACCAGCCGCGACUGCCCCAUUUUCUACAUGCGCAAGAAGGUGCAGAAGGACCUGGACGACCAGGAGCGGCUGGUGGCCCGGUUCGGGCCCCCGAGCUGGUGACGCCGCCCGGACGCCGGGGCCCCCCGGACGCCGGGGCCCCCCGCGCUGCCCCCCCUCCCCCCCCCACCCGCCUUUCGCGGUUUUCUACGGUGAAUAAAAAGAUUAUUUUUA